GACACAUCAUAUGUGGUUAACAGAUACACAGAAGAUUGGUGUUGGAUUAACCUCCUUUGGGGUUUUCUUUAUGCUUCUUGGGAUUCUACUCUUUUUUGAUGGAGGUUUGGUGGCGAUUGGCAACAUCUUAUUUUUAGGAGGGUUAGCUCUUGUCAUAGGAUUCACAAAAACUAUAGCAUUUUUUUCUAGAAGUGAAAAGAUUCGAGGCACUGUGUGUUUUUUCCUGGGCAUAGUCUUGGUAUUCAUAAAAUGGCCAUUUGUUGGAGUAUGCAUAGAACUGUUUGGGUUUAUCAACCUAUUUGGUGAUUUCCUACCUGUAGUUAUUUCUUUUUUACGUAAACUACCAUUAGUUGGUUCGCUUUUAAAUCUUCCUGGAAUCUCCUUUUUGGUUGAUAAAAUCUGUGGCAAGAAACUUCCAGUAUAACCUUAAAAUAAUUGAAUUGGGCUUCUUUACGUUUUCGA